AACGACAGCAGGCAGCAGUUGUUAAGAUUGGUGUUUCCGUAUCAGGGCCAGCCAGAAACUCAGCAGCAAGAGCACGGUGUGAAAAACGAGCUGUUUGAGACUUCACUAAACUUACCCCAGCCAGGAACAAGGGAUACGUACCAGUUUUCCAGACUGGAUGCUCAAUGGCAGGAGGGACAGUGUGCAGGAGGACGAGAUGAAUACCGAUCCAAUCCGAGAAGAGACUUUGAUAAAGCGCUCACAGCAAAAGAAAAGAACCUCGCCACUCAACUACAAGGAGAGGUUCUUUGUGUUGACCAAGACCAGGCUAUCAUACUAUGAAGGCAUCGCAGAGAAGAAGUCCAAAAAGGGAUCUGUUGAUCUACAAAAAAUCAAAUGUGCAGAGAUUGUGAAGAACAAUGGGACAAUUAUUCCAUGUCAAAACAAAUACCCAUUUCAGGUUGUCUACGAUACCAAUACCUUAUAUAUUUUUGCCCCAAGUAACGACAGCAGAAGUGCAUGGGUCCAGCAUCUCAAAGAAGAAAUAAAGAAUAAUCCCAUUAUAGUUGCCAAAUUCCACCCCCAGUUCUGGAAUGAAGGAGUUUGGCUCUGCUGUAGACAGGCAGAAAAACUAGCACCGGGCUGUGAAGAGUACAACGUGUUUGGGGACAUUUCAAGGAAGCCUCUUCCACCAACACCGAACUCCCCGACUUCAAAAAAGCCUUGUCAGCUGCCUCUGCCUCCACCACCCACAGAAGAACAUGCAGAGGGGAAUAAAGAAGAGAAGGAGAAUGUUGUCAUAGCCAUGUAUGACUUUGAGGCUGUUGAUACUCAUGACUUAAACCUGGUUCAGGGUGAAGAAUAUCUAAUCAUUCAAAAAUGUGAUAUACACUGGUACAAAGCACGGGAUAUGUAUGGACAUGAGGGAUAUAUUCCUAGCAAUUACGUAACAGAGAAGAAAUCAAAUAACCUUGAUCAGUUUCCAUGGUAUUGCAAAAAUGUAAACCGAAAUAAAGCAGAGCAGCAGCUCAAAAUGGAGGACAGAGAAGGAGGGUUUAUGGUCAGGGAUUCAAGCCAACCUGGAGCGUAUACUGUGUCCCUUUUUACUAAGACUGGAGGUGAGGGCACUUCUCAAGUGAGACAUUACCAUAUAAAAGAAACACAAGCAUUACCCAAGCAGUUCUACUUGGCAGAAAAAUAUAAUUUCAACUCGAUCCCAGAACUCAUCGACUACCAUCAGCACAAUGCAGCAGGUCUUGUAACAAGACUUCGUUACCCAGUCAGCAAAAAAGAAGGGUCUGCACCAACAACAGCAGGUUUCAGCUAUGAUAAAUGGGAGAUAAGCCCCUCUGACCUGACCUUCAUGAAGGAGCUGGGCAGUGGACAGUAUGGUGUUGUACGCUUGGGGAAAUGGAGGGCACAGCACAAGGUGGCAAUCAAAGCCAUUCGCGAAGGAGCCAUGAAUGAAGAGGACUUCAUUGAGGAGGCCAAAAUAAUGAUGACACUGUCACACCCAAAACUAGUCCAGCUGUACGGUGUGUGCACACAAGAGAAACCAAUCUACAUCGUGACAGAGUUCAUGGAGCAUGGCUGCCUGCUGAACUACAUGAGACAGAGACGAGGACGUUUCAGCCAAGGGAUGCUGAUCAGCUUCUGUCAAGAUGUGAGUGAAGGCAUGGAGUACCUUGAGCAACAUGGAUUUAUUCACAGAGACUUGGCAGCCAGGAACUGUUUAGUGAAUGAUUCCCAGGUGGUUAAAGUAUCUGAUUUUGGAAUGACAAGGUAUGUUCUUGAUGACCAGUACACUAGUUCUUCUGGUGUGAAAUUUCCUGUGAAGUGGUCCCCACCAGAAGUCUUAAACUUCUGCAAAUACAGUAGCAAGUCAGAUGUUUGGUCAUUUGGUGUUGUAAUGUGGGAAGUGUUUACAGAAGGUAAAAUGCCUUUUGAAAACAAAAAAAACCACGAGGUAGUAGCAAUGGUCAGCCAAGGUCAUCGGCUAUAUCGACCAAAACAGGCCCCUCAAAAUGUAUAUGAGAUCAUGAAAAUGUGCUGGCAUGAGAAAGCAGAAGAAAGGCCCUGUUUUUACGAGAUAUCGAUUAUGAUCAAUGAAGUGGCAGAAGGGGAUUUUUCAUAAUCUUUGAAUUGACAAGGGUUGUGGAAACAUUGUGAUUUUGGACAAUCUGGAUCUCAAGUCUGGUUUUCCUUCUGCAUCUUCAAGAAACUCGGAAGGUCAACAUAAAUCUUAGCAAUAACAGGUGAUAAACAGAUUUUAACACCUGCAUGUGUUUGCAACUUGCUAAUUAGAAAGAUGUAAGUGAAUUGAAUGUCAAAAUUUAAGAUGGAUGCAGUGAACAGAACUGCAUUUUAAGGUUGAAUUUUACUGAAUUAAUGUGUCAGCUUUGACUCCUUUAUCAUGGGUUAUGUGCAGUUAUUUUACAAAAGAAUGUCAGUGACCACAACACAGUGAAUUGGCUUCCUGCUGAAAUGCAAACACCAUCAGCUGGGCCAGUGGAAAACACUUUUAUACAUCCUGUCUGGGGGUCGCAACUUUUUUUUUUUUUUUUUUUUUUGUUUGCAAAAACAGUACAGGUUAGGAAAAUGUAAAAAAAAAAAACAACCACCAUAUUUCAUUCUUUUAAUAACUCUUAAAGGUUAAAUGUCAUUCACAUACUGGAAAAUGUGGGAAAUAUAUAUUAGAAUACAAAGUGUGAGUUUAAAUUGUGCCCCUUUUGGUCUGAAAAUAAGAGACUGGUUUAGCUUUUUUUGUUAAGUGGGAUUGUCCUUCGUGUCUGUUAAGUGUCUCCUGAAACAUUUCUGAUUUCUGUUUUUGCAUUUUUAACUAAUAGAGAUGUACAAUGUUUGCAUUUAUUUAUUAUGUUUCAAGGAACUGUUUUAACACUAGAUAAAUGUUUUUGGUUUUUUUAGUUAUCACAGGUGCGUCCUUGUAAUGUCAAACUACUGUGUGCUGUAUAUAUUUAUAUAUAUAUGUGGACAGUAGCUAUAUUUGCACUUUGGCCCAUGCAAAAAAAAGUUAACCAUGCGAUACAACUUUCUCUGUCGAGAUUAGCUUGAGCAAAAAACAUUUGUCACAAAUUCAACAUGUGGUCCUGUUUUCAACAACGACCUAACACCGUUGCUCAAAAAAACUUUUGUUUGUCUACAAGAAAAUGUAAACGUGUCCAAGAAAACCAAAUUUGACUUGUAAAUUUGGCUCUUGUAAAAUCUUAUCUAAUUCUUACCAGUAAUGAAAAAAAGAUGCCAGUGAAGUACCUGGCACUGUGUGUAGUGGGCUGCUUCUGUGGAAGCUACUCUCUCUCCUUACUUUGUCUCCUCGUAACAUUGCUGUAGGGGCGGACCAUUUUGCAGGAGGCUCUGGUCAGACUGUGAAGCUGGGGUUUGUGAUUGCUGCAUAAUAAAGAUCUUCUUUCCUUGA